AUGCCAAGCAAGUUUUUUGCGGCGCUGACAGGAAAGCAGCUGGAAGAGCAGAUGAGGCUUUCGGGAGUGGAGGUCCUGGUGGUCGAUCCGGAGAUGGACCGAGGGUCCACCGCGAAAAUCUACGGCAGGCUCCGUGAAACUAUUCAUGAAUCUAUCGGAGUAGACUGUGAGGGCCACCAUGGGGAGCUGGGCAAGAAGGGCCCGUUGAUGGUGCAAGUCGCAUCGAAUUCAGUCGUCGUGGUUGAGGUCCGCUCACAGUCCGGGCUCUACUCCCCAGACCUUCGGAAACUGCUGGCGGACGCCAGCAUCCAAAAAGUCUUCUGCCAAGGGAACGCGGACAUCCAGGCCUUAAAGAAGUGCUCCCCGGCCAUGGAGGUUUCGGGCCCCGUUGCCGAUCUGAAGGACAUGACCGACCUUCAUCCCACGCCGGGGCUUGCUGCGUUCCUGAGCCACGGUGAUCCUGAAGAAGCGACUUGGAGCAAGCAGAGCUUCAAAAAGAAAGGCUGGUGGAGGCUUCAGUCCGGCGAGGACAUGCUCGCCGAGCCGGGCUUUGUAUCAUAUGCGGCCGCCGAUGCCUGGGGGACUCUGCUUGCUUAUGGAAUGCUGGUAGCUGCGACACCGGCGACAGCUCCGACGAUGAAGGCGAAACCCAAGAGACGGCGAGGCAAUCGAAAACGCUCUCAGAACCACCGUCCCGACUCGAACAUGCUUCCGACGCCGCAAGCAGCUACUGAGGCAGAGCUGCCUGUUCCCCAAGCUUCCUGGACAUGUUUCAGCGGCUUCUGUCGGAUGGCAGGUUCUUGCUGGGCUUUUGCGUGA